ACUACGUAUGUGCGGGGAGACGUUGGUGUACUACUAAAAAGAAGGUUAAAUUUAGUUCAUCGUUAUUUAAUGUUGUGCUGUAACUAUUGCAUCGUGUUGAUUACCUCACAGAGCCAUCGAGUGACCAGACUACGCAUUUUGAUAAAAUGUGCUAGUUGUAGUGACUCAGCAGUCCUGCACUGAUCACAAGGGGCACAUUAGAUUAAGAUGUUAAGACUGACCUGGGCACGGGCGCAGUCAACUAACAGACGUACAAUAAAGUCCGGCUUCUCUUGCGAUCUAUUCAGAUUAGAAAGGACGCCAACAACAUCAGAAUACAGCAGAGGCAUUGGACACACACCUGUAGCACUUCGCAAGCCCCCUUCCGUGCGUAGUCUAAGGACACCCCACAGCCGUCUCAGGAGCGCUUGGAGAGCCAGUUUCAGCAUGGCAUCUGGAGGUGAAGGGAGGAGCAGCUCUCCGGCAUCUCCCGUCAAACAGAGCAACCGCCUGGCCCUAGAGCGGUCCCCCUACCUUCUGCAGCAUGCAUACAACCCUGUGGACUGGUUCCCAUGGGGACAGGACGCAUUUGACAAGGCAAGGAAGGAAGACAAGCCCAUUUUUCUGUCAGUGGGCUACUCCACCUGUCACUGGUGUCACGUGAUGGAGAGGGAGUCAUUUGAGGAUGAGGAGAUUGGCAAGAUCCUCAGCGAUAACUUUGUCUGUAUCAAGGUGGACAGGGAGGAGCGGCCUGAUGUUGACAAGGUGUACAUGACAUUUGUGCAGGCAACCAGUGGGGGAGGAGGAUGGCCAAUGAGUGUGUGGCUCACCCCUGACCUUCGACCAUUCAUUGGCGGCACCUACUUCCCACCGAGAAACACUGGUCUUAGGCCUGGGUUCAAAACCAUACUAAUGCGAAUUUCAGAGCAGUGGCGCAGUAACAGAGCAGCUCUGGAGUCGAGUGGGGAGCGAGUCAUCGAGGCGCUGAAGAAAAGCAGCACUAUCGCAGCCGGCGCAGAGGACUUGCCCCCUCCCGCCAUCACCGUCGCCAGGAGGUGCUUCCUCCAGCUGGCUAACUCUUAUGAAGAAGAGUACGGGGGCUUUAGUGAUAUGCCCAAAUUCCCUACUCCAGUGAACCUGAUGUUCCUCAUGACAUUCUGGGCCGUUAAACACUCCACUGUGGAGGGGGCUGAGGCUCUCCGGAUGUCCCUUCACACCCUGCGGAUGAUGGCGCUCGGGGGCAUUCACGACCACGUGGGGCAGGGCUUCCACCGGUACUCCACUGACUCCUCCUGGCACGUUCCCCAUUUUGAGAAGAUGCUGUACGACCAGGCGCAGCUGGCAGUGGCCUACAUCACCGCUUAUCAGGUGUCGGGGGAGCGCUUCUUUGCAGAUGUGGCCCAGGACGUGCUGCGCUACGUCUCGCGGGACCUGAGCGACAAGUCGGGGGGCUUCUACAGUGCGGAGGACGCUGACUCCCUCCCCACAGCUGAGUCCAGUGAGAAGAAAGAGGGGGCCUUCUGUGUGUGGACCGCAGGGGACAUCAGGAGCCUGCUGGGGGAGCCAGUGGAGGGGGCCACCGGAGUGGCCACACAGGCCGAUGUCUUCAUGCACCACUAUGGUGUGAAGGAACAAGGCAACGUGUCACCUCAGCAGGACCCUCACGGGGAGCUCCAGGGGCAGAACGUGCUAAUCGUGCGCUAUUCCGCCGAGCUUACCGCCACUCGGUUCGGCCUGAGUGUGGAGAAGACCGAGGAGGUGCUGGCCGCCGGCAGGGAGAAGCUGGCUCAGGUCCGCAAGGGCCGCCCGCCCCCUCACCUCGAUACCAAGAUGCUGGCCUCCUGGAACGGACUGAUGCUCUCUGGGUUUGCACGGGUGGGCGCUGUCCUGGGGGACCGGGCGCUGGUGGAGCGGGCGGAGCAGGCAGCCCAGUUCCUGAGGGAGCACCUGUGGGACGAGGCUGAGCAGAGACUCCUCCACUCCUGCUACCGCGGGGAGGAGAUGCAGGUGGAGCAGAUUGCGUCUCCUAUCUCUGGCUUCCUGGAUGACUAUGCGUUUGUGGUGAGCGGGUUGCUGGAUCUGUAUGAGGCCACUCUGAGCCCCCGCUGGCUGCAGUGGGCGGAGGAGCUUCAGCUGCAGCAGGACGCGCUCUUCUGGGACGGCCAGGGCAGCGGCUACUUCAGCAGCGACCCCAACGACCCCACCCUGCUGCUGGCUCUCAAACAGGACCAGGACGGAGCGGAGCCCAGUGCUAACUCUGUGUCCGCCCUGAGCCUCCUGCGUCUGUCCCAGUACACGGGCAGGCAGGAGUGGGCCCAGCGCUCACAGCAGCUGCUGGCCGCCUUCUCCGACCGGCUGACCAAGGUGCCCAUCGCCCUGCCCGACAUGGUGCGCAGCCUCCUGCCCCAGCACUUCACGCUCAAACAGAUCGUUAUCUGUGGUGAGCCUGACGCCGAAGACACAGCCCGUCUCAUCGCCUGCAUCAACUCCCUCUACCUUCCCCACAAAGUCCUGAUGCUGGCAGAUGGCGACACAGACGGCUUCCUGUACAAGCGGCUGCCCCUGCUGUCCUCCCUCCGGCCUCUGGAGGGCAGAGCCACGGCUCACGUGUGCCAGAACUUCACCUGCGCCCUCCCGGUCACCUGCCCCGAGGAGCUGAGGAGGCUGCUGACGGAAUGAGGGUUCCUGCAGAACUGGGCACGCUCCGCGCUACUGCUUCCCUCAGCGCCUGUAGGAGCGCCACUGCCACCAGGACAGCUCAGGCUCCCCUCCUUCCUGUUAGCGACUCUACCUGUUUAAGUACACUCUCAGAAACAAAGGUCCAAAAAGUGCCAAAGAAGGCUACCAAAGCUUGUCCGUACCUCUUGCCAUUGGAUUAAUAAUUCAUCCCUACCUUUUUUGAUGGUAAAAAUGCUUAUUUCUACCAAAAAGAACAGUAUUGUACCUUUCAGGGUACAUUUGGGAAAUUAGUUCCUUAAAGAAUUGAAAAUGUACCUCCACUCUAUCCCUUAUUUCUGAGAGUGUAGACUGUGCGGUGGUGGUUUGUGAAUUGCAUGGUGUGAAUUGUGCCGUUAGUGAGAUGACCCCAGGUUCCCGGUCAGCCGGUUGCGGGGCUGCGCUGUGCCCUCGUGUGUCUCCCUGUGCCAGCGGUAGGAGCCCAGUCCCAGUGGUGGCGCCGUGUCAGAGCGAAUGAGCGCCAGAAGACGCUGAGGACCCUCGCUCGCUUCCGGCCAGGGACUGCUCCGGCCAGCUGUCACUGCUCUGGUCUGACCGGAGCUCAAAGUGCUGCCUCUGCUAAUCUCUCCCUUCCUCACGGCGCGGAAUUACUUUCUGCGCUGUUAGCAGCAAAUGCAGUAUAACAUCAAUGCUAUGAAUACAUAUAUAUAUAUAUAUAUUAGUCCAUAAGCAUAAUAAAAAGCUUUUAAAGAGU